GUGGCGGCGGGCGCUGUGGCAGGCCUCCACGCUUCUGCUUGUGGGAGCCACUAUCAAUAUCGGAUUCUUCACACGACCCAGGGACUUUUUACCACCACCACCACAGGUCAAUUGCUUGGAAUUACCAAAUUAUAGUGCCGACACUAUAGCCAGGACAUUUAAUACAGGACGGCGUCUUCCGCGUCAGGUCGGCCCUAUGUUCAUUCCGCCCACGACGGCUACAUUUCUUAGCAGACCACUGAUACAUAUCAACAGAAUAUCGCCUAGGAUCGAUCAACUUCUGCCCGAAGCCGACGACAUAGUGAAGGAGCACGCGAAACUCGUGCAAGAUAUUAACAGUUUGAAACAACUCGUGUUUGUGUCCCCUUUUGCGGACGAAAACCGAGACUACGAAGAUUCCAUUUUCCAAGAAAUUAUAGAGACUACUACUACACGGUUGCCGAAGAAGAAGACGACUACUACAGCAAAACCGCCCCCAAAGACGACCAAGGCGAGCUCCAUCCCCAUCGUCCUCCUAGGAGGCGCCAGCAACCAGCGGCAAGUCGUCAAAAGUCAGCCGAUCAAGUUUCCUAAGACGUCUAUAAGCUUGGUUGGGACUUCCGUAUCUCCGUUAUUAAAACAUCCCUAUCCUUUUGUGAUGCAGGAGACGUCACGGAGACCUAUCAAAGUGUGUAUGACCACCAUGCCUACCAUGUACACCACCCCCCGACCACCCUCCUUGUGGGAGAGGUUAAUACGCGCCAUCAUCCCCAGAUAGCACGUAACUUUUAAUUUAAGAUUAGGUAACGUAAGAUGUGCAUGAAAAUGUAUUUGUAUCUGUAUCAACGUUAUAUUAAGUUUAGCCGCCUGUCAUUGCCACUUGUUACCGUUUUGUUACGAAGACACGGCCGGAAUAAUUGUGAUUCAGUAAUUAAUAAACGAAUACCACGUAUUGUAUCGUUUUCUUGUCGCGUUAGGAUAUGGGAAUGGGAAGUGCCGGUUCCCUCCGUUACUCAACCACCACCACCGCGGGUCGUCUGCGGCGGCGGCGCGGCGGUUACCGCACCGCGCGGUACAUUGUUGUCUCCGAUCGCGUGUGCCACUUCUAAUUACAGAUGCCGAUUAUGUAUUGUCUAUUUUUUACACUUUUACGCGUCGGAAUGGAAAAGUUGAACGUCUUAUAUGUUGUUGUGACGAAACUGACUUUUCAAUGGUUGAUAUCGAUUUUCACAGCGCCUGCUGAAGUUUUUAACAAAUAUUUCGUUCUUUCACGAUCACUUUGAAGGAAAAGGACGUAUAUACCGCUGAACAAAUUAAAGUAGGUAACUUACGGUCUUUAAACAUGUAAGUCGCAUAAUCAGUCAUAAUAAUAGGUCGCACAUUUGAGGUAAAUUAUUUAAACGCUAUAAUGAACGAAUUUACCAGAUAAAGCGAUAAUAGAGGUAUAUAUAAGUGAAGCGUGUUGGUGAAGCAGUGCGCGGUAGUGAAAGUCAUUCUGUUGUUCCCGGCUGAGUUUCAUACGUAUACGUUUGAGGACUUGCAUACCAUCGCGGUUAAUGAGUAUAUUAUGCCUUGUGACGUGCAGUAUAUUAAAUAGAAUCAAUGUGAAAAUUUAUAAUUAUUAAUAAUUAUGUACUGAUUCCUUGGCGAUGUCCUAAGGCUGUAUAACCACCAUACCUAUAACUCAUAUGCUGAUCAUUUAAUUACUUUCCUAAGUAGAACAUUCUUACGCUAAUUUAAUAAGCAAGUUCAAGCAGUUUUGUGGUGUGAAUAUUAAGGUAACGACAUAAUAAAGUUUGUAUCGUUAUUUAAAAAAGAAACACAAUAUAUGACAUAUUUUUUAUUAAAUCUAAGAGUAAAUUUGGCCUGGCUAGCCAUAUAAGAGACGAUAUGAGAAAAAAACUUUGAUUGCUGAGGUCGCCGUUAUCGAAAUCGAUUUGGAAGACUAUGCUAUAUUAUAUAAUACAUCUUGUACAAAGUAAGUACUUAGUAAACAUUUUAUUAUUACAAUAGAAUAUCGGCCAAUAUUGUUAAUAAUAAC